UCUGAGUACUAGGCUUUUAGUGUGAAUAGGUCUAGAAAUGAUUUUUGUAGUUAGCAAUUUUUUGUGAACCGAAUUCCAUCACUAGUUUUGUGAAAAGUCAGUUUAACGUCAGUGUUUAUUUUGUUUUGGAAAUACUACUCUUUUAUCCCGAAAAUCCUUCCAAAUGUUUGAAAAGAAGAGCGACAAGAUCAAGCAAGCUGAGCACAAGCCGAGGGAAGAUGGCGUCGAACUGGAGAGCCAGUUUAUCAUGCGUGUACCAAAGGAAAUGGCUGAAAAUGUCCAUGAAGCAAUAAAUGCAGGCACCGUGAAGGAUCGCCUGACUAUCCAACUGGAUCAGGAUCUAAGGUACGGCGAAGUGCGACUAGACGACCAACUGCUAUACACGAAACUAGUAGACUUGCCCACUGUUGUGGAGAGCUACAAGACAAUCGACAACAAAAGCUUUUACAAGUCGGCGGACAUUUGCCAGAUACUCAUUUGCAAGGAGGAGCCAGAGGACGAGACAGAGAAGGAGUCCCCCAACAAAAACAAAAAGAAGGAUCCCAAUAAAGUGGAUAAAAAGUACCUGUUCCCGCACGGAAUUACACCGCCCUGCAAGAAUGUGAGGAAACGUCGAUUUCGCAAGACUCUGAAAAAAAAAAAUGUUGAAGCUCCAGAAAUCGAAAAGGAAGUAAAGCAUCUGCUCCGCAUCGAUAAUGAAGCGGUCAGGGUUGACUACGAAAUCAUCAACGAGGAAGAUAAGCCCAUUGAUGACCUGGAUCAAUCGGAAAUAAAGCCUUACAACGAUGCGGAUGAUGAUCUGCAAGACGAAACCACUAUGCAUGCCAGCGAUAAGGCGAUCAUGGAAAUGAGCUCCCAGCAGGACAUCAAUGUGGAAUCCGACGAUGAUGAAGCCAGCAACUUUCCCUCACAUCGGGCGCCCAACAUGGGAGUUGCCGCCCACGACAUCUUCGGCGAGGAAGUGUCUACAACAGAUGACGAGGAUGAGCCCGAGCGGGACAACACCACCAUUCAGCAGCGCGAGCUGGAGGAAUCUUCACGUCUCUCGGCGGAUGAUUCACGGAUGUCUGACUUCUUUGGCGCUAGUGGCAGUAAUACAGGAGCCGGUGGUAUGAAAAUGGAGCGAAACGAGUUCAAUAAAUCCAUGUUUGGUCAUGAAGCCAGCAGUCCCAAGCUGAGCGCGGCCGGCUCCAGUUCCAACCUGGCUGCUCCAAGUGGCUUUUACGACACUCAGAUGUUGACCAAACGAGAGGAGUUCGAGAACAUGGAGUUUAUAGACGAGCCGCAGCCGCAGUACUCGCAGCAACAGGUGCACCAGAAGAUAAGUCAAUUAAGGCGGCAGAUCAGCGAGCUGAAGACGCAACAGGUACAGAAAUCCACGGAAAUCGCUUCCAUCCAGAAUGCCACGCUUAAACAACGUAUGCAGGAGACACUCGAUAAUCUCUACACUCAGGUCAUUGAAAGAGAACUGGAGCUGAAGGACUUUGAGAACCUGCUGGAGUCCUAAAGUUGGGACAGAUUGCAUAAGAAAUAGUUAUAUUUGAUACAAUUAGUUAUACAAUUUUAUAAAAGCUUAUCCACCAUA